AUGGUGAGAAUAAAGCCAUCCGUGCUCAAGAAAGCAUGCCAGAUUAACCCGCUGCUUCCACUUCUACUACCAGAGUGCCGAACGAUUGAAGCUGCGCAGCAAGAAUUGCGCUGGAUUCAAAACGAGGUCAGCGACAAGAAGCGCGUGCGACAGUGUUGCAUGCUUCGCGCUCGUCACUACCCGUUACAGUACCUACUGGGAUCGCAGCCCUUUGGACCGCUGGACGUGACCUGCCAGCCCGGAGUCUUGAUACCGCGCUGGGAAACCGAGGAAUGGACUGUCUCGUUGGCUGAAAAGCUACCGCGAGACAUGGCCUUCGAUAUCAUGGAUUUGUGCACAGGAACAGGGUGCAUUCCGUUACUUUUGAAACAAAUGUGUCCUAAGUGCUCAGUAUUCGCGGUCGAUCGAUCGCCCCUCGCCUAUAAGCUUGCAACUCGGAAUUCUAACACGUUACAAGUUCCAUUAAAGAUCAUCAAAAAGGAUAUUCUCGAACGCAGCUCUGAAAUUGUACCUCGAACCGUUGACUUGAUUACUUGCAAUCCACCUUACAUACCGCGAACAACUUUCGCAAGGGAAACGGCACGAUCCGUCAAGCUAUUUGAGCCUAAACUCGCGCUAUUAGGUAAUAAAGAAUUCUACGCUAAUUUGGUUGACUGCUGGAUGAGCCGUACGGACGCAUUCGUCUACGAGGUCGGUGACUUGUCCCAAUGCUAUUACGUCCUGAACCGAGUGACUGGCGACGUUGACUUGUCGAGAAAGUGGCGUAUUGGCUUCAGGCACGAUUCAUGUGGUAGACCGCGUAUCGUAUAUGGAUUCAGAGCAAGCGGCUCACGCCUGAAUUGGGCCUCAAUUUUGGUGAAAUUCGGGGAUAUGAAGCACUAA